CUGUGCGCGGCCACAGAGUCAACACGUGAAUGUUGGAUUCACUCAUUUGUCGGCAGUUUAAAGUGGUUUUCCGACGAGCAAAAACACGUCUGGGGAACUUUCGGUGGGCGGGAAGUGGUGCGGACCGUGAGAGGAGCUGACACCGGCACAAUGCUCUAUUUUAUCGGCCUGGGUCUCGGAGACGCCGCUGACAUCACCGUCAAAGGUCUGCAGGCGAUCAAGCGCUGCUCCAGGGUUUACCUGGAGGCCUACACCUCCAUCCUGACCGUGGGCAAGGAGGCUCUGGAGGAGUACUACGGGAAGGAGCUGAUCCUGGCCGACAGAGACCUGGUGGAACAGGGAGCAGAUGAGAUCCUGAAGGAUGCUGACGUGACAGACGUUGCCUUUCUGGUGGUGGGGGACCCGUUCGGAGCCACCACACACAGUGACCUGGUUCUCAGAGCAGUCCAGGCCGGGAUCCCAUACCGGGUCAUUCACAACGCCUCCAUCAUGAACGCCGUGGGCUGCUGUGGCCUGCAGCUGUACAACUUCGGGGAAACAGUGUCUUUGGUCUUCUGGACAGAGACGUGGAGGCCCGAGAGCUUCUACGACAAGAUCUGUAAAAACAGGUCAGCUGGACUUCACACACUCUGUCUGCUGGAUAUCAAAGUGAAGGAGCAGUCGGUGGAGAACUUGAUGAGAGGGAGGAAGAUCUACGAGCCGCCACGCUACAUGACGGUCCAGCAGGCGGCGGAUCAGCUGAUGCAAAUUGUCCAGAGGAGGCGGGAGGAAGGGGAGGAGCUUGGAAUGACCGAGGACACGGUCUGCGUGGGUUUGGCUCGACUCGGUGCCGAUGACCAGGUGGUUCGCACGGGCACACUGCGACAGCUGGCGUCAUGUGACCUGGGCCCCCCACUCCACUCACUGGUGGUCAGCGGCCGACUCCACCCACUGGAGGUGGACAUGCUCCGACUGACAGCAGAGCCAGAUGCCCUGAAGGGCCUGAAGGCCAUAGACAGCUCCACCUACUGUUCGUAACGCAUGGCUGCAGUGGAGACUCACAUCCACUGAAUCCAUAAACUGACUGGAAAACUCACAUCCAAAUGAGUCUCUGACUUAAGGUGCUGGAGAGGAAGUGAGUCUGAUUCACAUGAAAAAUCAGACAGCUUUGAAAGCGUGAGGCCAGAGAGCGAUGGCAGUCGUUCCUCAGACAGAGCAGUGCAACGGUAAGGGAAAUGAUCACGGUGAAAAAAGUCUUGUUGCCAUAUUUUUAUGUAGAAGAACUUUGCGUAAAACAACAGACAGACCCAAAUCGUACGUCAACAAUUAAAGCCUUUGUGUCUUUUAUCGAUGAUG